AAAUUGUUGAAUGACCACUGAUUAUUUUCUGGACCUGACUAUAUAUAAUUUCAGAAGAAACAAUGGAAAGCCAAGAAUUUAUUGUACUAUAUACUCAUCAAAAGAUGAAGAAGUCGAAAGUGUGGCGAGAUGGAAUUCUGAAGAUCACUCACUUAGGAAACAAAGCAAUUCUAUACGAUGACAAAGGAGAAUGUUUGGAGAGUUUAUUUCUUAAGUGCCUUGAGGUGAAAGCUGGAGAUGAUUUAGAAAGUGAUCGAUACUUAAUCACAGUUGAGGAGGUUAAAGUUACUGGAAGCACAGCUGUCAAACAGGAUGUUGUUAAAGAAGCACCAGCAUUGAAUUCAAAGAAGUUUAUAUCUUCUGGCCGGUCCCUUGGGUGUCAGCCUGCUGGUUUAAAAAGGAAGUUUGCUGGUUUUCAAGGACCACGUCAAGUGCCAAAGAAAAUGGUUAUUACAGAAAAUAAUGAAUCAGCUGCUUCAUUUGAAGCUAAGAAGCCUGGUCCUAUUUUUCUUUCUCCAUUCUACAGCACACCUCCUUUGUUUUCUACAGUUGGCAAGAAAGAUAUAAAUAAUAUACCAACAGACCCUGAGAACAUUGUCACUUACAAGAACAGAGAGAGAAAUGGCAUACCUUUUUCUUCACUUGUCUCUACUUCGUCCUUCAAGGUUAACCCAGAAAUGCUGUGUGAAGAAAAUUAUUUUUGCUCUCCUGUCAGUUUUGUAAAUAAGCAUUCAGAUUCUUUACUGACCAAUGAGCCCAUGAAAAGAGAUAGUUUGGUAUCUCAUUGUUCAGGAGUUUCACAAAAUAUUAGAAGCAAAGCCCAAAUAUUAGCUCUUCUGAAGUCCAAAUCAACUAGUACAUCUAAGGAACUAAAUUCUGAGAUUACAGGACAUUUCCCUCAGAUGCAACCACAAGGAAGUUUAAAAAUUCCUACUAAACCAAAGUGCUUAAUUGAACAGGAAGAGUACGCUGAGGUGAAGAGCACAGAAAGUUUACACUACCAGCAUCAAUCAGAAAAUACCAUGAGAAAUAAAAGCCGGUGGGCCAUGUAUUUAUCCUCACAGAGUUCGCCUAUACAUUCCUCUACAGUAGAUGGAAAUGAUAUAGAAAAAAAACCCAAGGCCCGAGUUGGUAAUUUAAACUUGAAAGACCUUUUGGUGCAAAAAAGGAUACAGUUCUUUGAAACAGGUGCUGAAAAUGGAAAAAACUAUAACGAAGACAAGUCAGUAGAUGAUAAUGAUCAAACCUGGGAUCAAGAAGGAAAAUUAGAAAUUCGUUCAUUCUGUGAAAGCAGCAGCUUACCAGUUACCUGUAGUAACGCAGAAAAUGAUGGCUUGUUAUCAGAAUCUGACAUUCAAGAAAAUAAUAAAAGACCUCUUAAUCAAAAUGACCAGAUGGGCAUAAAAGGAUCAAUUCUCAUUAGAAAAAAAGCUCAGGAGAUAGAUAUACAUGGAACACCAGAAAAGGAGUAUAAACAUCUACAAAUUGAAUCUUCACUAAGUAACAAUUCUGGGAUCUCUGAUGAUAAUACUGACAUAUUUUCUAAAAGUAGUACUAAUAAUGAACUCCUUAAUAAUAUUCAUGAACCUAUGAGUAAUGUAACACAGCCACUUGUGGAGGUCACAUUUAAUCUAAAGAAUUUUGAAACCAGUGACACUGAGGAGGAAUCACAGGAAAGCAACAGAAUUUCCCAGGAUUCAGAGGGUUGGGUAAAAGAAACUUUGAUCAAUGACAGCCAUUCAAGAUGUGAGAAUAUAAGCUGUCAAGAAGUUGGCAGUGAACACUUGCCCCUCUUAACGUCUACUGGGGGCAAACUAUCAGAGACAUUUCCCAUGAAAGAGAUUCUGCCAUCACAGUUUUGUGAUAAAACUUGUGUAGGUUUUGACAGAGGACCUUGGAAAGCUGGAAACACUGGAAAAGAAAUAGAGGAGGAGUGGAGUGACACAUUAAGCAAUUUUGACUCAUCUUUAGAGUGGACUGAUGAUGUAUAUGCAGAAAAUAAUGAAGGCAGUAAUAAAUCUAUUAGUGCUUCAUUCCCAAAUAAAUCUGAAAGUAUAAACACAAAUUUACAUGUUCCUCAUUUUUUAAACAUAGCCACUCAUCAGAAUACUGAAAAAAACCCAUUUACAGAACAGGCUCCGCCUCGGCCUUUUAUUAUGGGAAGUGACUUGGACAAAAAUACCAAACAGGUUUUACCAUUAACCUCUAGCAGUGACAACAGUAUCCAGCUAUUACAUGCCAGUCAGAUUCACUCUGAAGAAUGUAUUGCACUUGAUAAAUCACAUACCCAAGUUUCCAAUUCUUUGCUUUACCCUUUGGGAAAAAAACAUCCUAUUUCCAAAGACACAGAAUCACAUAUUCCUGAAUCUGAAGACUUGGGAAGGACUAGAAGUUUACCCCAGGACCAUAUUGAUGUAGAAACUGCUGGAGAAAGCAAACAAUACUGGAAUAAUCCUAGACAUUCUUCAGAACUUUCCAGAUUAGUAAAUAGCAUUUCCCUAUUAAAAUCAUUGUCUGAACACAGUACGGCUUUGGAAGGCUUGGAAGUAUUGAAAAAGAGGAAUACCGCUUUUAAACAACAAGGAACUCGUCAUACAGAUGAGCCAGAUAGCAAUCCUGAAGCUAGGAAACCAUUGACUGCAGUAGUUUCACAAGCUAUACCAAAGUCUCCUCAUCUGAACCAGGAUCCUCAACAGAUGGUAAAAGAAAAUGAAGUUGAACCAAGUGAAUCACUUCAGUCUUUGCAGUUCUUUUCCUUGGGCAGUGAAGAAGAGACUGCUUUUCUAGCUGUUAUUCCUAAGCAAAUGGAGAGAGAAACCUGUGACCCCAAGCCUGUUGAAUUUCAAGGGCAUCAAGUGAAAGGAUCAGCUGCUAGUGCUGUGAUGGUGAGAGGACAUAGCUCACAGCUUGAAUGCAGUCAGUUUCCAGAUAGCAUUGUGUAUGAAAACUGCACGACAAACAGUUGUUUUUUGACACCAGAGUUGCCUAGCACUUGUAUGCAGAUUGACUCCUUUCAGGUGACGUCACCAGAACAAAAGAUCUCAACAUUAAACCCUGUUUCUACUUUAUCUUUGAACUCAAGAGAUGAAGACUUCAUACUGGAAUUCUCUGAGGAGUCCCUGAAAGCAAGAACUUUACCUGGUGAUUUUCACUUUCUCAACUUAGACAUAAUGAAAAAAUCGAGUUCUCUGGAGGAUAAGAACCUUCAAAGGCUUUCAUUAGUAAGUGGAACCCGAGUUCCACUUAUUACUUUGCCACCUGCCAGUGGGCCACCUGAUGUAGAUUCUUGUUCAUAUGUGAUCGACUGUGACAGGCAAGAGUCUUCUGGUUCUCCUGUAUUCAACUUUUGUGAAGAGUCAGCAGUUCCUUCUUUUAGCUUUGGGUCAGAGGACCAGAGCGAAACUUCUUUCUCUAAAGAAUCUAAGGAAGUGACUCCGAGGGACGUUUCACUUUUUGAUAAUAUAUCUACUCAAAGCAAGUGGCUGAAAUAUCAAAACAUACUCCAGUGCAACUUGACUACUCCAAACAGAGUUGAUCAGAAAGUAACAGAUGGCUUCUUUGCUGAGGCUAUUUCUGGGAUGCAUUUUAGUGACACGGGUGAAAGACAGAGUGGUGCUGUGAAUGAAAGUUCUGUAGACUCUGUGCAUUUGCAAAUGAUGAAACACAUGCUUCAGCAACAGCAGCAGGAUUUUAGCAGUCAAGAUUUGGUUUCCAGAAAGAAGGCAUUUUCUUUGAAUUUAAAGCAGACUUCUAAGACUGAGGAAAUUCAAAAUGUGUUAAGAGAGUAUGCCUGCUACAACUGCAGUGUAACAGGAGAUUUUCAGGAGAUAAAUGACUCCGAGCUAUGCUUCCCAAGUGGGCAGAAAAUAAAAUCUGCAUAUCUUCCCCAAAGGCAAAUUCACAUACCAGCUGUUUUUCAGUCUCCUGCUCAUUAUAAGCAGAUUUUUACAUCUUGUCUCAUAGAACAUUUAAAUAUAUUGCUGUUUGGGUUGGCACAAAGGUUGCACAGAGCUCUUUCAAAAGUUGACAUAUCAUUUUACACAUCAUCAAACAGAGACAAACUGAAAAAUGUAGAAAAUAAUGUGCCAUCCUGCCAUCAUCGUCAGCCUGCAAAACUUGUCAUGGUUAAAAAGGAAGGUCCAAAUAAGGGUCGUCUCUUUUAUACCUGCGAUGGACCCAGAGCUGACCGAUGUAAAUUUUUCAAGUGGCUUGAAGAAGUGACCCCAGGAUAUUUAACACAGGAAAAAUCUCUACCUAGCAUGGUUUUAAAUGAUAUAAAAAGUAUUGGCUUGUACUUAAGAAGUCAAAAGAUACCCCUCUAUGAGGAAUGCCAGCUUUUGGUGAGAAAAGGGUUUGAUUUUCAAAGAAAAAAGUAUGGUAAACUAAAGAAGUUUACUACUGUAGAUCCUGAAUUUUAUAAUGAACCUAAGAGCAAACUUUAUCUUAAGCUGAGUCGGAAGGAAAGUUCUUCGACUUACAGCAAAGAUGAUCUUUGGGUGGUUUCAAAAACCUUAGACUUUGAAUUGGAUACUUUUAUUGCAUGUAGUACUUUCUUUGGUCCAUCAUCUAUCAAUGAGGUAGAGCUACUACCUUUGAAAGGUUAUUUCCCUUCGAAUUGGCCCACUAACACAGUGGUCCAUGCAUUACUGGUUUGUAAUGCUAGCACAGAGCUGACCACUUUGAAAAAUAUUCAGGACAACUUUAAUCCAGCUACUCUACCUCUAACACAGUACCUGUUAACAAUGUCUUCAUCAACUACAAUGAGCAACAAGAGAGUCAAUAAGAGAAAAUUUAUCCCACCAGCCUUCUCGAAUAUCAACACAAAAUUUGAACUACUCAGUACAGGAGCAACAUUGCAGUUAGCUAGUGAGUUAAUUCAGGCCCACAAGUUAAACAAGGAUCAAGCUACAGCUCUAAUUCAGAUAGCGCAAAUGAUGGCAUCACGUGAAAGUGUUGAAGAAGUGAAGGAACUGGGAAUUCAUACCCUCCCUAUCACGAUCAUACAUGGUGUUUUUGGAGCAGGAAAGAGUUAUUUGCUGGCAGUGGUGAUUUUGUUUUUUGUGCAGCUAUUUGAAAAGAGUGAAGCUCUUACAGUUGGAAAUGCAAGACCAUGGAAACUUUUGAUUUCUUCUUCUACUAAUGUAGCUGUUGACAGAGUACUUCUUGGGCUUCUUAGUCUUGGAUUUGAAAAGUUUGUCAGGGUUGGGAGUGUCAGGAAGAUUGCCAAGCCAGUUUUACCUUACAGUUUGCAUGCUGGCUCAGAAAAUGAAAAUGAACAAUUAAAAGAACUACAUGCACUCAUGAAGGAAGACCUGACUUCUGUGGAAAGAGUCUACGUGAGGAAAAGUAUUGAGCAGCAUAAACUGGGGACCAAUAAAACCCUGCUGAAGCAGGUCCGAGUAGUUGGAGUUACCUGUGCAGCCUGCCCAUUCCCGUGCAUGAAUGAUCUUAAAUUUCCUGUGGCUGUCCUGGAUGAGUGUAGUCAAAUCACAGAACCGGCUUCCCUCCUUCCCAUUGCAAGGUUUGAGUGUGAAAAGCUGAUUCUUGUUGGAGAUCCCAAACAGCUCCCUCCUACUAUUCAGGGUUCUGAUGCAGCUCAUGAAAAUGGAUUGGAACAAACUCUUUUUGAUCGACUUUGCUUAAUGGGUCACAAACCAGUUCUAUUGAGAACCCAGUACCGUUGUCACCCUACAAUCAGUGCUAUUGCUAAUGAUCUGUUUUAUGAAGGAAACCUCAUGAAUGGUGUUUCAGAAACAGAGAGGAGCCCUUUACUGGAAUGGCUCCCAACCCUGUGUUUCUAUAAUGUUAAAGGACUGGAACAGAUUGAAAGAGAUAACAGCUUUCAUAAUGUGGCAGAAGCUGCUUUUACACUCAAGCUGAUCCAAUCACUGAUUGCAAGUGGAAUAGCGGGCUCUAUGAUUGGGGUGAUAACAUUAUACAAAUCCCAAAUGUACAAGCUCUGUCAUUUACUCAGUGCCGUGGACUUUGACCAUCCUGAUAUGAAAGCUGUGCAGGUGUCCACAGUAGAUGCUUUUCAGGGAGCUGAAAAGGAGAUCAUUAUUCUGUCCUGCGUAAGGACCAGACAAGUAGGAUUUAUUGAUUCAGAGAAAAGAAUGAAUGUUGCAUUGACCAGAGGAAGGAGGCAUUUGUUGAUUGUAGGAAAUUUAGCCUGUCUGAGGAAAAAUCGACUAUGGGGGCGUGUGAUCCAACACUGUGAAGGGAGGGAAGAUGGAUUGCAACACGCAAGCCAGUAUGAACCACAGCUGAACCAUUUCCUUAAAGAUUAUUUUGAAAAACAAGCAGAAGAAAAACAGAAGAAAAAGAGUGAAAAAGAUAAAUCUAAAGAUAAAUCUUAUUCGCAAAAAGACAUGAUAUAGUUUGUAUUUAUAUAAUUUCAAAUUCAUUUUACACUAUACACUUGUAUAUUUUUAUUACC